AUGCCUGGCUGUUUUAAAAAGACCUUAUUUGCCUUGGCUUCUCUAGUAAGUUUUGUGUCUUUUGUCCUGAUUGUUGUUGCAAUGGGGACCCCAAAGUGGAUGGCUGGAAGGAUCCUUUGCAAAACAGGAGCUGAUUUGGUCAAUGCCACAGAUCCAGAACUGGUCAAGUUCAUUGGAGAAAUUUACUACGGACUCUUCCGGGGCGGCAAAAUACGCCAGUGUGGGUUGGGCGGGCGGCGUUCCAAAUUCACAAUUUUCCCACACAUGGUGAAAAAGCUGAAUACAGGCCUGCACGUGAUGAUUAUAAUGUUCCUCUGUGUGGCCAUUUUCUUUUCUCUGGUCAGUUUUGGAUUCUGCAUUCUUAACGCAAUAAAAGUUCCUUACCGGGCUAUUAAAGGUCCAGCAGGAGUGUGCCUUUGGAACUUCCUCGCAGGUGGAUUUAUAGUACUUGCAGUCACCAGCUUCAUGGCUGCUGUCAAACUUCAUCAUCUCACAGAAAGAAUUGCCAAUUUUCGGGAAAAUGUCUUUCAAUUCGUUAUCUUAGAAGAAUGGUUUGAAGACUGUUUUUGGCUUUGUGUGGCAAGCGCCACAGCACAUGCAGUAAAUUUGCUGCUAAUAGCCAUUAGUGGGAUUAAUUUCCCUAAAAUUAAGACUAAAACAGAAGAAGCAAAUGUUACAGCAGAAGAUAUCAUGUACUAA